AUGAGUUCGAGUCUCUCGGACCGAUUCCUGCGUUCUUUUCCCUCGUUUCCUACCAUCCUGGUCUUCUCGAUACUCCUGCGCGUCGGGCUUAUAAUCUACAGCGAAUGGCAUGAUUCCCAUUCGGUGGUCAAAUAUACUGACGUCGACUAUCGCGUCUUCAGUGACGCUACCCGCUUCGUGCUCAAUCCUGGUCCCGGGACGGACAAUCGUGCCCAGGGCCCACUCAACCGAUGGUUUACCGUCGGAGACCCAUACACGCGGGAGACAUAUCGAUACACCCCCCUCCUGGCCAUACUCCUCGCGCCCAACGAGUGGGUCCACAAGUCGUUCGGAAAGUUUUUGUUCGCGGCUUGCGACAUUCUCGCCGGAAUCUUGAUCAACAAGCUGCUCAUAUCCGUCAUCCUCCCCCGAAAAUCUUCAUCUGAAAUACGACGGCACGCGUACGCAACGCUCAUCACCUCCAGCCACCUUCUCUCCCCGUUCGUCUUCACGAUCUCCACGCGAGGAUCUUCGGAGUCUGUUCUACUCCUCCUCGUGCUGCUUACCCUCUUCUGCGCGCUGAGGGCGAGGUGGGAUGCUGCGGCUGUCUUGCUUGGUUUGAGUGUGCAUUGGAAGAUUUAUCCCGUCGUGUAUGGGGUGGCUUGUGUGGGCGUCAUUGGGAGAGAGGCGUGCGAUAGUGGGAGUGAGAGUUUUGCUGAGAAGAAAGGUGGGGCGGACGGCGGGAGGGGCUGGUUGCGGAUUUGGGUGAAUGAGAGGACGAUCAGGUUUGCGGUGAUCAGCGCCGGGACAUUCUUUGCGCUUGGGCUUGCGAUGUACGCUGUCUGGGGCUACCCCUUCCUGCAUGAGACCUACCUCUACCAUAUCCACCGACUCGACCAUCGACACAAUUUCUCCCCAUACUUCUACCUCAUCUACCUGUCGUACCCCGGCCUCCCUCUUCCCCCUCUCGCAUCUCUCUCUUCGCUGCCAACGUCAGGGAUACUCUCGAUAUGGCGUGCGGUGGUGCGAUCGCCACUGACGAGCUUUGGGCCACAGAUGGUAUUGUCACUAGGGACUGGGGUCAUGUUCGGGAAGAGGAGGGAAGAUCUUCCGUUUGCGUGGUUUGUGCAGACGGUGUGCUUUGUUGUGUUUAAUAAAGUCUGUACGUCGCAGUACUUCCUCUGGUACCUCGUCUUCCUGCCUCUCCUAGUCCCCCGUCUUUCAUCAAUAUCAGCCCGUCAAUCCAUUGUCUACGGAGCCGUAUGGUUCUGUACGCAGGCCUUAUGGCUCAGUCAAGCGUACAGGCUCGAGUUUUUGGGCGAGGAUGUGUUCUGGAGAGUGUGGGUGUGUGGGUUGAUAUAUAUGGUGGGACAUUGUUGGGUGUUGGGAGGGUUGAUGGAGGCGUAUGGGAGAGUUUGA